CCCACUCAAAGACAUCUCUUUGUAGCCUCCUCCUCCGUAUCUCCGCCGUCGCAUCCCUCACUCUCGACCCACCAGAUGGAAAGCUCCAUCGUCCUCUACCCUUCACCCGGAAGAGGCCACCUUGCCUCCAUGGUGGAGCUCGCGAAGCACAUCCUUGGCCACCACCCUUCCUUCUCCGUCACCAUCCUCCUCCUCUCCACCCCACCUCCAGAUACCCACUUCAUCGCCGCCGUCUCCGCCACCCACCCUUGCAUCACCUUCCACCGCCUCCCCGCCAUCUCCCUCCCCAACUCCGACCACCUCUCCUCCUCUCCUGCCAACUUCAUUCUCUCCAACUUCGAAAUCGUCCGCCUCCACAACCCGACCCUCCACGAGACCCUCGUCUCUCUCUCCAAGUCCUCCGCCAUCAAAGCCUUCAUCAUCGACUUCUUCUGCAAUGCCGCCUUCAGUGUCUCGGCCUCCCUCAACAUCCCCACCUACUACUACUUCACCUCCGGUGCGAGUGGGUUGGCCUCGUUCCUUUACGUACCCGCUCUCCACAAGAAGUACCCCGACAGCUUCAAAGACCUCGACGCGCCCAUUCUGAUACCUGGCUUUCCUCCUGUCUCGCCCCGAGACAUGCCCCUGGCCAUCAGCGAUCGGAACCUCACGGUCUAUAGCCAUUUCUUGGAUACGGCAGUUCAGAUGGCUAACUCCGCCGGUCUCAUCAUCAACACGUUCGACUCCUUCGAAGCCAGCGCCCUCAGGGCUCUGAGGGAUGGCCUCUGCGUGCCGGAUGGAGCCACUCCUCCAACGUACUGUGUGGGGCCACUGGUGGCGACCGGCGGAGAAACCGAAGUUGGAGGCGAGAGACACGAGUGCUUGGGCUGGCUCGACUCGCAGCCUUGCCGAAGUGUGCUGUUCCUAAGCUUCGGGAGCAUGGGUGUGUUCUCGACGAUGCAGCUGAAGGAAAUGGCAUUAGGGUUGGAGAGGAGCGGAGUGCCAUUCUUGUGGGUGGUGCGCGUCCCGCCGCCUCAUGAUGAGGCUCGGCGCGCGUUAGCCGAGCUCAAGCCGAGUGUGGAGGCCUUCCUGCCCGAAGGGUUUGUGGAUAGGACGAGACGAAGGGGGAUGAUAGUGGAGUCAUGGGCCCCUCAGGUGGAGGUGCUGAGCCACGGCUCCGUGGGCGGGUUCGUGACGCACUGCGGGUGGAACUCAGUGCUCGAGGCAGUUUGCCAUGGCGUGGCCAUGCUGGCCUGGCCUCUUUACGCGGAGCAGAAGUUGAAUAGGGCCUAUUUAGUGGAGGAGAUGAAGCUGGCUCUGUCUGUGACGGAGUCGGAGGAAGACGGACUCGUCUCGGCGGAAGAACUGGAGGAGCGAGUCAACGAGCUGAUGCGAUCAGAGAAAGGGAGAGAGGUUAGGGAUCGAGUCCUGGCAAUGCGAGACGCCGCGGCGGCUGCGCUGAGUAAGGGCGGGUCGUCUCGAUCCGCCCUGGCUGAGCUGAUCGGGUCGCUCGAAGCCGGGUCUGGCAAGGUGGAUGUUUCCAACUCCGUGACAAGCUCCAUGGGGAUCGGUGGUGAUUUGGGCAGCGUCAGCACAGUCACGAUCUCCACUUGAAGUAACGUUUUUCUUGUGGUUAUAGGUUUCUGAAGAGAAAGAAAUAAUUCGGGGGCAAAAAAAGUUUGUGCAUG